CGCCAUUACGAACCAUCCUCUCUCCAGAUCCGCAACAACACCAAAACACCUCUACCGCUGUCGCUCGAGUCCGCUCUGCACUUCCGAUCGCUCGCUCUCCUGCGUUUUUCCUUUCCGACUCUAUUGUAUUGAAUAUUAUACCCCGUCAAAAUGUCCGAGGCUCCAUAUGAUCCCUACGUUCCCAAGGGCGGCGCCGACCCGCAAGCCGGUGGCCAGUCGCGCACACAGGCUCUCCAAGGUGAAAUCGACGCCACUGUCCAAGUGAUGCGAAAGAACAUCGAGAACGUGGCUCAGCGAGGUGACCGCCUGGAUGUUCUGCAAGAUAAGACGGAUAACCUGGCAGAAUCCGCGCAGGGUUUCCGUCGCGGCGCCAACAGAGUCCGCAAGCAGAUGUGGUGGAAGGACAUGAAGAUGCGAGUCUGUAUCGUUGUUGGAAUCGUUCUUCUCCUAGUUGUUAUUAUUGUUCCUUCUGUUGUUGCGACACACCACUGAUGCCCUACUUUCUUUUGUUGGAGUACCUUGUUUUGUAACGUCGAUGAUGAAUACCAGACGUCGUUCUCUGAAGCUUUGAAAGACUGAGCUCGAGAUCAAAUGAAAGGAUUACGAAUUAUUAUUGGAUGUUGGUUCUGUAAAUGAUGGAGUUCGUUGAAGACACGCCCCAGACUAUUUUCAAAGGGAGAUGUUGUCCUGAGGACUCUCAGGCUGGAUUAUGUGUAUGACUUUGCAGGCUAGGCGUUCAUUCCGACCAAUUGAGAUAAUGCGUGCUCUCUCUGGGUCUGGAGGAAUUAUAAUGGGCUGAUGUCUGGCCAUGUUUUUAU